AUGGCAGAGUCCCACUUGCAAGCAUCCCUCAUUACAGCCUCACAGUUUUUCGAGAUCUGGCUCCAUUUCGACGUUGAUGGAAGUGGUUACCUGGAAGGUAAGGAGCUACAGAACUUGAUCCAGGAGCUGCAGCAGGCGCGGAAGAAGGCUGGAUUGGAUUUGUCACCUGAAAUGAAAACUUUUGUGGAUCAAUAUGGGCAGAGUGAUGAUGGGAAAAUAGGAAUGGUAGAGUUGGCUCAUGUACUACCAACAGAAGAGAACUUCCUGCUUCUCUUUAGAUGUCAGCAGCUGAAGUCAUGUGAGGAAUUCAUGCAGACAUGGAGAAAGUAUGACACCGAUCAUAGUGGCUUCAUAGAAACUGAGGAACUGAAGAACUUUCUAAAGGACUUGCUAGAAAAAGCAAACAAGACUUUUGAUGACACGAAAUUAGCUGAAUAUACAGACUUGAUGCUGAAAAUGUUUGACUCAAACAAUGAUGGAAAGCUGGAAUUAACUGAAAUGGCCAGGUUGCUACCAGUUCAAGAGAAUUUCCUGCUUAAAUUUCAGGGAGUCAAAAUGUGUGGGAAAGAGUUCAAUAAAGCUUUUGAGUUAUAUGAUCAGGAUGGCAAUGGAUACAUAGAUGAAAAUGAAUUAGAUGCUUUACUGAAAGAUCUCUGUGAAAAGAACAAGCAGGAUCUGGACGUUAACAACAUUUCAACAUACAAAAAAAGCAUCAUGGCUUUGUCGGAUGGUGGCAAGCUGUACCGAACAGAUCUGGCUCUCAUCCUCUGCGCUGGCGAUAACUAGAGACCCACAAUUAUAUCCACUCACUAGUGAUACAUCGUAUCUAUAUAACUGUGCACUAUUAAGGGAGUAGGCUGUACUUUCUUUUAUAUCUGUAAAUUUACCUGCAUAUAUAUGAUUAUCCAGGAUGUGUGGCACAUUCUUUUCAGUUUGUUUCUAUACUGUUUGUAAUGUACAGUUUUUGUAACUCUAUGAUCAAUUGAUAAGAAGAAUGUCUCUGUCUGGGUCAGUCUGUAAAUUCAA